CUCUCUCUCCGCCUAGUGCACCCACAGAUACACACACACACUCGCCGACGUACACUUCAGCAGUCCUUUGGAGCCUGAGGGACACAAACACAGACACAGAGACGAAACAAUAGCUGAACUCGACUUUCCCCUCUGAAGAAGCUCUGAACCACACCACAGGUUGCUGUCCAGGAUGGCGGGGAUGAAGGAGCAGCAGUUCACGGAGGAGAAGCCCCUGCUGCCGGAGCAGAGAGGAGGGGACUCAGACAUGGAGAGCUGUGACCAGCUGAUGCCGGUGGGGGAUUGGAAGGAACAUGAUGUUGAGACUCCUUAUGGGAUGCUGCAUGUGGUGAUCCGCGGGGCACCCAAAGGAAACAAGCCUGCUAUCCUCACAUACCACGAUGUUGGACUGAACCACAAGCUGUGCUUCAACUCUUUCUUCAAUAAUGAAGACAUGCAGGAGAUCACCAAGCACUUUGUGGUCUGCCACGUGGACGCUCCAGGACAGCAGAUCGGAGCUUCACAGAUGCCACAGGGGUACCAGUACCCCACCAUGGACCAGCUUGCCGGGAUGCUGCCCACUGUGGUCCAGCACUUUGGAUUCAAGAGCAUCGUGGGGAUUGGAGUCGGAGCUGGGGCUUACAUCUUGGCCAAGUUUGCUCUGAUCUUCCCUGACCUGGUGGAGGGCUUGGUUCUGCUCAACAUUGACCCAAACGGCAAAGGCUGGAUCGACUGGGCCGCCACUAAGCUGUCAGGUCUGACCAGUGCUCUGCCUGACACCGUGCUGCCACAUCUCUUCAGCCAGGAGGAGCUGAUGAACAACACAGAGCUCGUGCAGAGCUACCGGCAACAGAUCAACAACACCGUCAACCAGUUCAACCUGCAGCUUUUCUGGAACAUGUACAACGGUCGGAGGGACCUGGAGAUGAAUCGCAGUGGGACUGUGCUGAACGCCAAGACCCUGAAGUGUCCAGUGAUGCUGGUUGUAGGAGACAAUGCUCCCGCUGAAGAAGGAGUAGUGGAAUGCAACUCAAAGCUGGACCCAACCAACACCACCUUCCUAAAGAUGGCUGACUCUGGUGGACUUCCUCAGCUCACACAGCCCGGCAAGCUGACUGAAGCCUUCAAGUAUUUCCUGCAGGGAAUGGGCUACAUGCCCUCUGCCAGCAUGACCCGCCUGGCUCGCUCCAGGACGGCCUCCCUGACCAGCGCCAGCUCCAUGGAAGGCUCCCGCUCUCGAGCGUGCACCCAUUCUGACAGCACCGAGGGAGUCGGGGCGGUCACCCACACCAUGGAGGUGUCCUGCUGAGGAGUCAGGCUGCCAUAAAAAGAAGGAGGGAGGGGGAAGAGGAAUGGAAAGAGAGUAGGGGAGAGAUGACAGUGUAGAGGAGAUGGGACAGGAUGAAUGAAGUCAGACAUGGGAGAGUAAAAACAGACAGUUCAAAGAAGAGAGAGGGAACAGCUCUUUCUGUCUUCAUCCAUCUCCUCCAGAUCUCCGUGUCUGCCAUCAUCUCCCCUCUCCACUGUAAAAUACCAUACGUAUUACUACUAACUCCCCCUACCACCGUCACCCGGCACUCAAAUACUAAGGCCUCGCUUUUAUUCUCUAAGUGUCACUCUUGUGUUUGCUAAGUGUUUCCUCAUUUUUUGCUUCCUCUUUUUUUAACCCCUCUUCUCCAAACAAACACACAUGAACACACACGAACACAAAGAAACAUUGUUAACAAGCUACACAAUAACAUACCAUAAUAAGCUGCUGUUAAAAGUGAAAUCUUGUAGAAAGGGUGAAAGUGCGGGACACAGUAAGGAAAAUAGAACUUCUCAAUAAUGAAAACGUGUUUAUGCAUUUUGGAAGAUGUUUGUUAUUUUGUUGUUGAAUGGACUCAUUGUGAGAAUCUCUCUCUCUGUUGUUUCUAAGGAUGGUCAUUUCUCUAUCGAAGGCAGGUGAGCAUCAGACGAGGUGUGUCCACACUGACAGAUAGCAGAACACAGCCAGCUGUAGCCCAGUGCACCUGUAGUGCUUAGAGAGAGCUUUGUAGUCUAAGAGCAUAGCUAGAGUCAAACACGCUUAUUUAAAGCUGCACUUGGUGACGUUACAUUCCACACCUCCAGAGCACAAUUACAAUGUAAGAGAGUGAUAUCAGCAGGUGGGCACUAUUCACUGCUUGGUUGUAGAAAUAUAUCAAACAUCCAGAUUUAUAAGUAUUCAUUUGUAUCUUAAUAACAUGAGUCUCCACUAUAAACACACCACAACUGAGCCACUGCACCACCAGAGGGCUCCAUCUGCUGUUCACAAAGUAAAACCAACACACAGUUUGAAUAGGUUUGAUUUUCAUGGAGUCCAUGUAUUGUUUACUCUCACUUUGGCAUACAAUAAUUAAACAUAGCCAAUGUAGCAGGAACAUUUGAAUGAGGAACUCAGCUGACGUUGAGCUGAACUUAAUCAUGCACCUUCAUUUAUAUUUUGUGAAACAUUUAUCUUACAGAUUGAAGUAUUGAACUGCAGUAAGAAUGCAGCUGAAUAGAUCUGUAUGUGUGUAAACUGAGGGAUACAGUUAUGUAAUAUAAUCAUAUAUAAAAAUAUAAUGACCUGAUCUGUCUCUCCUCUGUAGGCAGAGAUGAGGCAGACAGUCCACUAAGUGGUCCCUAAAAGUAAACUGAGUGUACUCAAACUGCAUUUUGGUGUGCAGUGUUGCUAAGUGCAGCUUUAAAAUGUGUCAUGUCCCAUUUCUAAGACAAUCCACUUCAUGAACAUAGAUUAGAAGAGGUAUCUAUUAAAACGUAUAUGCAUGUGAAUGUGAAGUAACCUUAGGGUAUUCUAGUAUCAGUGUCGUGUCUAGCAUUAGGGCGUUCUUCAUUAGCAACUUAUUGUGGCUAUAGUUCAUUACAGCCAUCGAUGCAACCGCCAUCAUCAGUCUGAAACUCCAGCAUGUGGUUCUGGCCAUAGUCGGUCGGCUUUGUGGUCUUUAACAUGACAAUCACACUCUGAACUAAACCAAACUAGACCAGGUGUACCGAGGCAGGACCAGGCUGAGCCUGCAAACUCACCAUGUGGAUCAUCACCAAAGAACUCGCGACAGACUUCCCUUACAGUCAAAGCCAAAGCUCACCACACACACUGAUGUAUCCACAGCAGCACACGUAUCCCCGCUCAUAAACAUACAUCACACAUGUAGUAAUGAAUAAGAGGAGCUUUGUAAGGGGACUAACCCAAAGAAAAACUCACACACAAGAAGAAAUCAUUGCAUCGCGGUUAGAUUGUGUUGGUGUGCUUUGUAAGCAUUGUGUUAUUAUCAGUGUAGUCCAUGUUUAGAAAUAUAGAUUUAGACUAGUGAAGCUGUGUGCUGCUAUCUGCUCAAACACUGAACCCUCUCGUCCCUGGUGAUCAGAGACGGGCUCUCCUGGUUAGUGGCUUAGUAAUGUACGGUGUUCAUGUACCACAGUCACCUUGUCCUGUCUGAACUUUUUUUCAAAAACCCUUUGGUCCCCUGUUUAAAGGGGCAUAGCUUCCAAUUGCUGAGGUGUGCGUUUACCUGAGGUGGCCUGUAAGGGACGGGGCUUUUUUGGAGCCAUUUGGGCACCAAGCUCAGAAUGUAGGGCAACCCCCAGCCACCAUAAAAAAAUAACCCAUUCCCCUAAAAAAUCACAAGGUGCCCCGGCUCUCACAGGCAAACCCAGUCGCACCCUAAAGGGCUAUCAGCUGAAGUCACUUUUUAAAAUGUUGGUAGUGUUAGUUUAAGCACCAGGGGGCCGCAGAGUGCAGAAAGAGAUCAGAACCAAAAACAAUGAGAGAGAUUCUGCUCUGAAAAUGAUGAAUGAAUGAAUGUUCAUGGAAAGAAUGUGAUGUUGAUGAAGCUGGAGAGAUUAUUGUUGAAUUGUUUGAAGUAUCCAGAACUUUGAAAACAGUCCUAUACUUUGUGGGGGAGAGAUUAUGAAAUUAUUUUACAGUCAAAUCAAAAACGUCAAUUUUCUCAGAGCCUCACGGAUGAAUUUCAGGAACACUGAAGUUUGCAUGUAGCAUAUACAAAAAUCCUUCAGUGGUUUCUCUCCUCGCUUAGCUAGUUUUUGCUAUCUCCACUUUGGUUUCCUCCUACACCACUUCUAUCCAAACUGCCUGGGGGCCCCUGAAUGUAUUUCGUCCUCUUUUGAAGUGCUGUACAGUAUUGUCAACCUACGCCUCUCAGAACCCCUCUCUAUGGUUUGCACAUUUAUUCCCUCCUCACAUCUUUGACAUUUAACCUGAUGCAUAAAAGUUCCUCCUCCUUCCUGUUCCUCCUAAAGGUCUAUUACUAGAGAAGUUCAGUAGCGAUUUGUGAAAGUCCACAGUAAGCUGGCACUGAGUUAGUCUGCACAGACCUCGGUCCUCCUUACACUUGUAGAUACUUUUUAUUUAUAGAGCAGGUUACCGGAGUCUAACCCUCUAACACUUCUGUAUUGUGUAAAAAAUUCGACAUAUUUCUGUUUCUCUUCCCUUUCUGUUUUUUAUAGGCAACACUAGCGUGUAACUUCAUAUUGGUAUAAUCUUGAUUCAUGUGUACUGCUACUGUUCUUCUUCUACAUACUGCCAUUUUGAUUGAUUUGUAUGGAGCAAUAAGUUCUCUAUUCUUGUUUGGAUUGUUUCAUAUUGUGGGAGUCUUCCCGAUGAGCUUGUUUCUUUUCACAUUGGUAGAAGGACUCUUACCUGCUUUGUUGUCAUUCAGAUGUGUAAUGUAAAGUUUAAAUAUAUUCUAUAUAUUACUACAUAUAACAAGUAAGCUGUCUCUGUCCAUGUACUGAUCAAGUAACAAGUAAGAAAUAAAGACUUUGUCUCAAGUC